CAACUGAAACACACCGAGCAGGAGGAAGACAACUCACAGAAGGCAGAGAUGAAGACAACCAGCCCACAAGAUAUCCGACUCUGCGAACAUAUUCUCACCCAGUUGUACGGCCAUGCAUGUGGAGAAAUCGGUUCGAUCUUGUUGAAUCGUGGUCGCCUGCCGUUCUCCAGCCUUCUGCGAAUGUCCUGUCUCACUGGCAAUUCAAUCCGAGCAGCAUUGGUAGUUCUAAUUCAUCAAAACUGUGUGCUUCAUUCGGACACCUCAUUACUUACCACUGCAGCUGGCGAUCCAAAUCCAUCCUCUAGCGGCCCUGAGUAUUUCGAGGCGAUCCCCGAUGAGAUCUUGACUCGGGUACGCUUCGGUCAAUUCGUCAACUUGGCCUACGAACAAUUUGGGAUCGAAUCCAAAUUGAUCGUCGAAUGUCUACUAGACAACGGCAAACUACGUGUCGGGCAACUGGUUACCAUGGUCUGUGAACAAUACUACUCUCAACGUAAACGGCUUGAUGAGACCGACGAUGGACUCCAACACUCGCCAGUCAAGAUGCCCCAAAUUGUGAAAUCGAACGUGCUGAAUUUAUUGGCAGAGAGAUACCUCAAACCAUCCCAUCCUAAGCAUUCUAUCAAUCCAACGGAUCUGGAGCUAGCCUAUGAAAAACAACUAAUCGCCAAAUUGCCUGGGGUGCCGAGCCCAAAGGAGAUCAAGGCAGUAAAGGAACAAGUUAUGGACAUGAUGGCGACUGAGGAGACUCAAGCAUUCGAAGAGAUGUGCUCCUUCGGACAGAAACAACGUGCCUCAAACAGCGCGCAGAAUGAUCGCAAGGCUCAAACUAAGAGACAAAAGACUGAGGACGUCUCAUUGCAAGAUGACAUGUACAUCAGAGUGAAUUAUGCUCGGUUCAACAUGAAGAUCAGAAACUCCAUUUUCGAGCAAGAAUGCUUUCGAUCUUAUAAUCUAGAGGCUGGAUUGGUGAUGAGAGCAAUGUUGAUCCUAGCGGAAACAAAACAACAAGACCUUAACGAUCUAGUUUCUGAUCCCAUAUCGGCCCAAGCUAUUGUGAUGAAACUAGGUCAGCAGUCGAAUAUUGUCAAGACGUGUUUUCCGGCUCGGGCAGCGAACGGGCAGUUCAAUCUGAAGCUCAAGAACACGGGUGAUUUAGUGGCGGAGAUGUUAUCGGUGAUGGGCAAACAGGACGACUUGGCGACCUCGACGAGUUCGGCGUUUGCACCUGGAAGUCUGAGCAAAGGACUAGCUCAAUUAAACCCGUUAGCGGUCGUCUCUGAAAAGAAGAAUAACGUCUUGGGUGGUGGGAGCGGGAGUGGAGGAAUGAGAGAGUUUAAAGUUGAAUAUGCUAGGUAUUCUCUUGAACUCAGAAAAGCUUUGGUCUCGAGAAUCAUUCGAGAAAAGUAUGGGAUCGAGGCUGCUAGAGUUGUAAGGAUUCUGAUGCAUAAGGGUCGUCUGGAUGAAAAACAUCUUGCCAAAUUCGCUAUGAUGACCCUCAAAGACUCUCGAGAACUUUGUCUAAAACUCUCAGCGGGGAAGGUAAUCGAAUUGCAAGAAGUACCGAAGACGAAUGACCGACAACCGAGUCGAACGUUCUAUCUAUUCUUCAUUGACUUUCAGAAAUUGAUCCUGAAUCUGACGAUGAUGAUCAGAAAAUCGCAGACAAACUUGAUCAUCAGGAUCGAUCAGGAACUAAAACAGAGGAAGAACUUGCUCUGCAAAGUCAAUCGAACCGAUGUGAUCGAAGACCAGGACGGCUUGUUGACCGUGUGGGAACGCGCUGAUCUCAAGAAAUUGAAAACUUUGGUCCAAGUCUUGGAAGUCGCUAAACUUCGUCUAGAAAGAGAUCUCUUCAUCUUAAAUGACUUGCCUUGGUUACAAUAAAUCUCCUCUUCACCUUACCACACCAAUUGGUAUUCUUCUGUUCAAAUUCAUUAGUUUUUUUUUUAAAAAAAAAAGAGUUUAUGUCCUGCUUAUCUUUUCUUUUCUUCAUGGUCCAAUCACAUAGCAAUACACAUAAA